CAAUCCGAUCUCCAGUCACAAAUUGCUGCCGUAGCAUCAGCGCUGGAGCAGCUUGUUGGCUCAAAGCUGCGUCUUUUACCAAAAUUUCUUAUAUUAGAAUCAUAAAACAAAUGUGUUUGGUUUUUUAACAAUACCGGCUAAUCUUUACAAAAUUCAAACAUGGUUCAAGUCCGAUAUACUCGCAAUUUGUUUUUGCGAGGCAUGUGCAUUAUUUACUUAUUCGCAUUCUUGAGCUUCUACAUCCAAAUACCCGGAUUGUAUGGUGACAAUGGAGUUCUACCAGCCAGAGCGCAACUUGACUCUCGAGGUGGGAAUACUUUAUCGCAGCAAAUAAAACAGAAACCAACCCUGCUGUGGCUUGCACCUUACGUUAGCCUGAAUACCGAAUAUAUGCUUGAUGUAUUGGCUAUACUUGGGAUUGUUCUCUCUUUUACUGGAUUUAUAUCGCAGAGGUUUUGCACUGCUCCGGUAUUCGCUGGUCUCUGGUCUCUUUAUUACUCCCUCUAUCAAGUAGGACAAACUUUCAUGUGGUUUCAGUGGGAUAUUCUCCUAUUGGAAGCCGGAUUCUUAUGCAUUAUCGUUGCACCAUUUUGGUAUCCUCGCCAAAAAAAAACAAGCACUCCAGCCACUGCAUUGACAUUUUGGGCUGUCCGCUGGCUUCUCUUUCGAUUGAUGUUUUCUAGCGGUGUUGUAAAACUAACUUCUGGUUGCCCUACGUGGUGGGGGUUAGAGGCAUUGAACGUGCAUUUUGAAUCACAGUGCAUUCCAACUGCUCUAGCUUGGUACGCACAUCAUCUUCCUACAUGGUUCCUUCGAUUAACUACUGUGGGGGCAAACGUUUUUGAACUUGUUAUCCCCUUACUCUUUUUUUUCCCAAAUAGAAAAGUUCGGAUUACUGCAUUCUACUUGCAAGUUUUUCUGCAACUUAACAUCAUUGCCACAGGAAACUAUAAUUUCUUCAAUUUACUGACAAUCUGCUUGUGUAUAUCUCUUCUGGAUGAUCAGUUCUUCUACAAGAGAAAAUCUAAGAAUAGUCAAUCCGAUUUUGCAGACUAUUUCUCAACUGUGAUUUGCCUUUUCGUGUACGCUGGAGUAAUAUAUGGAACCUAUGUUUACUACGAUCUAAAAAUCACUGAGAAUCUCACAAUCGAAUCUAAUAUUGCAUUCACAAAAGAGCAGUUUGAUUAUACUCUUUCCCAGAUGCUGUCAAACUCUGUUUACAUUGGCUUAGUCUCUCUUGGAUAUGCUAUGGCUGAUGCCGUGGCACAUUCUAUUUUAUCUGUGCAAGGAUCUCUUCUUACUAGAAUAGUCACUACUAUGACUACCUUACUUUAUGCUGCUGUCGUCGUCUUCCUGUUUGCUAUUAGCGUGGUGCCCUUCUCAGCUCUUCACCCAUCACACAAUUCAACCGUACCAGCACAGCUGAAACAUAUUCAUUCACGUGUGGACCAUCUUCACUUGGUCAAUAGUUAUGGAUUGUUUCGACGUAUGUCAGGUGUCGGUGGAAGGCCUGAAGUUAUAAUAGAAGGAAGCAAUGAUAUAGAGGGACCUUGGAGAGAAUAUGAAUUUUUGUACAAGCCAGGAAACGUGAAUAAUUCUUUACCUUUUGUUGCACCUCAUCAACCCCGAUUAGAUUGGCAAAUGUGGUUUGCUGCACUAGGAACCUACCAUCAAAAUCCGUGGUUGAUGUCGUUAGCCUACAGACUUCUGGCCGGACAACCAGAAGUGUUAGCACUUAUCAAUCAAGCCAAGAAUCCUUUCAGAGACAGUCCACCAAAGUACAUCAAAGCUAGUCUGUACCACUAUCAUUACACUCCAUGGAGCCAAAAAUCCAGUUCAACCUGGUGGACAAGAGAAAAAGUUGGCGAGUACUUCCCGAUCUUCAGUAGAGACCAUCCGCCACUGAUUGAGUAUUUAACCAAAAUGAAAAUCAUACAAGAUAUGAUUGAGAAUGUGAAUCCCACUCUAAAGCUAAUUUUGAACAGCCUGAGAUCUAUGGUUAGCAAAAUAGAGGCUAGCCUUCUUUUGUGGAGUGUAUUUGCUGCGGGUUGUGCAAUAAUUAUGAGCGGUUACAAUUGGGUUAAACAUUAAAAGGGAUUAAUCUUAUCUAUGGAUUGUUCGUGUGCAGUGGUGAUAUCAAUUGAAUUCCAAGUAUAAGUACAAGUUGAAAUGCCAAUUACCAUUAAUCUGGUGAACGCGAAAUUGAUUUAAUUGCUUCCUUAUUUGCCAAUUCUUUGAACCAGAAAAAUUUUAGGCGUGGGAUUUUACGGAUACAUUUUACACUAAAUACAACAGAUUAACAUCAUCAUGAAAAACUUGUAAUUGAUUGAGCACCACUCGUCCAGAGAUAAUUAUCUCUGUUUAUUAAAUCAAUAAUUUAUAAAAAUCUAAUUUACGUAAGAACGAUUGAGCAAACUAUGAAAAGUUUUAGGAAUUCUUCACUUUUUAAUCGUCAUAAUUUGUUUCACACAAAGCUCUCUAAAUUGACAUUGAUAAUUUUGGCCCGUUUCUAAGUACUGCAUGAAAAUUCGAUCGUUUUAGAUCAAAGCUUUUUUUUCGUGAGUUAAAUCCAAAAUCAAUUUUCUCGAAUCAAAAUUGAAUUCGAGACAAUCCAAAAGUUAUGUUGUUCUAUUAGAUAUUAAAUCAAUUCUCAGGAUAUCUGUGGUUUUGAUCGAACAUGUGUGGUGAAUUAGCAUUGGCUGAUAAGUAUAAAUCUUUUGAUUUGAAAACAAAACAACUAGUAAACAUAAAGAUCAUCUACUAGUAUUUUGGUAUUGAUUCGAGUUUUCUUAGUUUUACUUUACAAUUGCUAUUGAUUUGUUUUUAUUUUGUAACGAGCAUAUGCCGCUAAAUCCUAUACUUUCGGUUUUAUUCGCGAUCUUUACAUUCUAACGUAUCACAUAAUUUUAAACCUACUUUCUUAAUUAUUCUAUCAUUUUACAAAUAUUCAUUUGCUUGUAUACGAUUCUUAAAUAUUGAUGAAGUGAGACUGUAAAUUUCGAUAUAAUUAUGAUCGUUACUGACAAAUGAUUGUUAUGAAUAUACAGUGAGUACGGCAGGAUGUCUGUCUAUACUUUAUUGAUAUACGUUUAGAAACGUGUUUUAUGAUAUUAUUUGGCUGUAAAAAAAAAUCGAAUGAACAAGAAAAUGAGAAUAAUCUGAAGUCUGCUGUAAAUGCAUUGUAAAUUUGAUUGAAGUGAAUAAAAAUAUCUACCAAGUGUA